AAUACGUCGAUAGUAAGUAUUAUAAGGAUUAGUUUUAGCCUAAGUAAGGAAAUCGUUGCCCUAAGUAUAGUAGAAGUAGAGACGUAUUUUAGAAUAAUAACUUUUUAUAUUUUAUUUAUUAAUACCCUAUUUCUCCUAUAUCUAAAAGAUAUAGAUCGACUAGGUAUUAUAUUUAAUAAUAUAAAGAAUAGAAUCUCUAAUAGUAAGUACUUUAAAAUAGUCGAACGAUAA